UUUUGGUUGUUAUGCUAGGUAAAAAGUGAAAGAUGUCAUUGACUUUCAAAAAUUCGUCCAGUACAUAUUUCGAUUUCAGCGUGUCAUACCAUGCAAUCAUGCAAAAUCUUCAAUUUCGUUUCAAAAUCAAAAAACCAACCAUCUAAGUUCAAAACGCAACCAAUUUUAAGAUCAUAAUUCUAACCCGCUUAAAUGAAGUAAAACCAAGAUCAUGACCAUUGCUACAGCCCCGUAUUGUGCAAUAUCGCCAUACUGCAAGCGAAAAUGCAAUCCACCACAAUGCAACGAAGCUAUCAAAGAUAUUUGCAUCGAUAGUCCAUACUAUGAUAUGUGUUCACUAUGUGGGCGCUUUAAACACUUCUUAUCUUUGACUUGUCCAACUGGGGCUUUCAAGUCAAAACAUCACAUUGAACGAUCAAGUGAUUUGAUUUUUAAUUUUCGACAUAAAAGGUUAAAACAAUGCGUGACUGAAAAAGACCUCUGGCAUCACAGAUAUGUGACCUAUGCCAAUACACAUCCGGACACAAGAGAAGUCUACCAUCCGUUGACAAGAUGGCCGCAUCAAGUGUUGGUCAACACUGUAAUUGCAGCUGGUAUGCUUACAUUCUGCAAAACCUACCCAGGUUUGGCGCUCUGGCAGUGGGCGAACCAAAGCUAUCAGGCAUACAUUGCCUGGAAUCAUAGAAAUGUCCCGUCGUGCGUCUCAGACAGACAAGUGAUAAACUCCUACAUCAUUGGAACGGCAGGAUCAAUUGGUACUGCAGUAGGUCUGAGAUACGUCACUACAAAGUACUUCAAGUGCGUUCCAUUCUUCGUUCCUAAAUUGAUUCCACUAGCCGCAUUAUUGGUGGGUAACAUGUUGGCAGUACCAGCACUACGUGCCCAGGAUUUAAAAUAUGGUGUACCCGUUUAUGACCAUUUGCAUAAACGACUGGGUGCGUCACCUCUAGCAGCACAGAAUGACGUGCAUGAAAGGGUUAUAGUGAAAAACGCAACAUACUUCCUGCCUCUGUUAGUAACACCAUUUGUAAUGCACCCAUUUCGGAGGGAUACCUAUUACUGGAUCUGCAAGUAUCCGUUCCUACGUAAACUACUAUUGCUCUCAACGCUUGGUGGUUUAUUUGCGUUUUCUACUCCGUUUGCGUUAGCUCUUUUCAAGUGUCCCGGAGAGAUGUCCUAUUGUGACCUUGAAAGAUGUAUACGAAAUAGGGUUGAAACCCGUCUGAAAUAUCAGGUGUCCCCUAUUGUUUACUAUAAGAGUGAGUGCUAACAAUACUAAUUAACUACAACUGCUCAAGAAUGAAGAAUGAAGAAGAUAAUAAAUUAAAAAUACAUUUUGCAACACAUUAAUAAAACAGAAAGCACAA